AACAAUGGUUUCCAAAAUUCCAAAUCUUUUAGGGUUGUUGUUUUAGGUCGUACCAUCGGCCCUUUGGCGCUGUUAUUGUAGUUGUUCGUUUAGAAAUUUGCACGCGAGUAUCUCCGUCGAAUGAACCGCAUCUAGUCACGAUAAGGCAUUCAUUGCAUUACGAGACGUGAGGACUUCGGUCGCCAUUGUGUUGUGUCGACGGCAACAAGACAAGGGUUAGCGAGUACCUUGCUUGACGCCCCAAAACCAAACGAACACUUCAAGCCCUUUAACUCAUCUUCUCGUGAAACUUUUGGAAAGAUGAGUUCGAAAUCUGAGAAGGAUAGGCUAAAAGCCGUCCAAGAUAAAUGUCAGCAACUCCUAAAUGAAAUGCUACGGGACGAGGACAACAAAUAUUGCGUGGAUUGUGAUGCCAAGGGUCCAAGGUGGGCAUCUUGGAAUCUUGGCAUCUUCCUCUGCAUUCGCUGUGCUGGAAUUCACCGUAAUCUGGGGGUGCACAUUUCUAAAGUUAAAUCCGUCAACCUCGACACCUGGACCCCAGAGCAAGUGGUGAGUCUGCAACAGAUGGGAAAUAGCAGGGCUCGUGCAGUCUAUGAAGCAAAUCUGCCAGACAAUUUUAGACGACCUCAAACAGAUUCUCCUUUGGAAGCCUUUGUCCGUGCUAAAUACGAACAGAAGAAGUACAUUGCCCGCGAAUGGGUUCCACCAGUAAUUCCUAAGGUAAACUGGGACAAGGAAAUUGAAGAAGAGGAACAGGCAAGACGCCGCCGCAAAGAGAGCAAGUCAAGCACACCUCAAUUAGGAAGAAACUUAACUUCAUCCCCUGCAAGUCACUCUUCAACAUCUGAGAUCCCGGCUCCUCUUCCUAAGCCAAAAAGCUCUGCCAGUCCAAAACCUUCGCGUACUCUGGGGAGUAGCACUGUAACUGCCAUACCUGCGCCCAGCUCUGCACCAUCCAGUGCUACUCUGGACUUACUUGGCCUUGAUACGCCCACUGGAAGUUCUUCACCACCUAACAAGGGUGAUGACAUAUUUUCUGGCUUCCUGAGUGCACCCCCUGCUGCAGGACAUGCAAAUAAUGGGGUCCAGACUACAGAGACCCCUAAGGCAGAAACAGUGGGUACUGUAGACAGCAAGAGAUCUGCUGAGGAAAAUAGUUUUUUCAACCAACCAGCUGCGACUGCUCAAGAGAAAAAACAACUUACCAAAGACUCUAUUUUAGCACUGUACUCAAGUGUGCCUGCCUCAGGAACUCCCCCCGCGCAGGUUCCUGCACCGCAAUCUUUUGGUGUCUUCCCAGCCCAAAGUAUGUCUGGGUUUGGUGCAGUUUCUGCUCCUGCUAUGGGAAUGAAUUAUCCAAUGUCCAAUGGGAUGAUGAUGGGACAGCAAAUGCCUACGGCUGCCAAUGGCACUCAAAAUGGUGUCUUUGGUCCCCCGGGAAAUCAAGCUGGAAUGAUGCCUCCUGCUGGUGCCAUACCAAAUAUGACUUCUAACCCAUUCUUUAAUAUGACAGCAAUGCCACAAAAUAAUGUGCCCACCCCAAACCCAUUGAACCAGGAGCAUGAUUUGGGUAAUGUUAAUCUACUGGAUUUGGGAGGAAGUAACUCAAUUGUACUGCCACAGCUCCCACAGCAGAUGAAUAUGUUGAAUUUAUCUGGAACAGGAAGUAAUGUUUCUCAGCAAGCUUUUGGAAUGCAAAGCUCCGCUGGUAAUCCUUGGGCGACUUCUAACCAACCCUUGGGUAUGGCGCCACAAUCGAUACCCCAAAGUCAACCAUCUCUAGGUCAUACUUUAGCUACCAAUCUAUGGCAGUGAUAAUUAAAUGUUUGGCAAAUGCGAAGUUACAUUCAUGCAACAAAUCUUUUGACUGUUUAGUUGUGAACAGUAUUACAAGACUUGCAUAAAUUUUUGUGCUUAAUGCAAUUUAUGCUAGCUUUCAAUGUUUGAGGAGUGGCAUUUCUUUAUUAGUAUUAUUAAGAGGUUCUUCUAUUGUGUAGCAUGGCAAAAUGGGAUAUUUGAGCUACUUUUGUUUUGUGAAGUGCCUUGUCCAGCCAUUUUGCAAAGGCUUGGAUGUGUCUCCUGUUUGCUGCACAAAUAUGAAUUUGGCAUCACAUGGUCAAUCAUUUUAUUCUAUGUAUCCUGUGGAUCAGGGUAUCUUCAGUUUGUUGCUCAAUUUGGGUCUGCAAGUGCUAUGAUUUCAAGAUCCCGGUUAACUGGUAAUGUGGUAAGUUCCUUUGUUCAUUACUGUUCUGCAAAUAAAUGAACAUCUUGCAGCCCCAUAUCAUAUCUGGCCAAAGUUUAGGGGCUGGAAGAAUUAUCAGAAGUAAUUUUUGUGAUCUUAGUUUUUUGAGCUUCUGUUUGUGGUCUCUGGUCUGAGAAAACUAUUCUAUUUAUUUGUCAACAAAUGGACUGAAAUUUUUUAAACAAUUGCUUGUUUCUGUGCUUAUUUGCCCUGUAAUUUGUAAGUCAUAUAUAUAUAUACAUAUCUGGCAAGUUUAUCUUAUUAUUUUCAUCUUUGAAUGUGAGCUGCCUCAAAGUGCAGAUUGUCUUUUUUUAAAGGCUUUUUUUUGGGGGGGUGUUAAAAGAUAACUAGGCACAUUUGAUGUGGAACGAGUGAACUUAAUUAUUUGAAUUAUUCUUCGUUUGUGUUGUGUAUCUAUGAAACUGUGUAGUGUUCAGAAUGUGAAUAUUGUUUUCAUCAAUGAGAAUGUGGUAUUGUUGCUUUCAAAUUACAGGAGAGUCUUUCACUGUUUCAUGGCCUUAGAUGGGAGGUCCAAAUUUGUUGCUCUUCUUUAACGUGAAGUUUAUGUGUGUAGUAAUCAUCCAAUUUGGUCUUGUUUUGUGAUACUGUUUCAAACAUUCCAGCACACUUGCUUCUUUGCCAUUUUGUCUAGUUGAAUGUUCUUUAAUGAUUCUGUUUAUUAUGAAUUGUAACCCGUAAGCUUGAAGCAAGAACUGUUACCCAGGUUUUUGAAACAUGUUUUGGUCAUUUGAAUUACCUCUAUGAGCUAGGACGAAGGAAUAACAGUAGUUUUGCAGUAUUGAAAUUAAUUUGUAGAUGGUUCUUGCAGUUGUCCUGCAAUGAGCAUCAACUUUUUUCUCAUCUUGGAGAAAAAGGGUUGGCUCACUUAUGCAGUUGUUCAUUCAGACACGAAUGAUGACACCUUUUGUUUUGAUUAGGGGUAGACUUCUUUGAGUUGUUUUCAAGACGUUCCUUGCAUUACAUUUUGUAGACGGCUGCAGAAUGAACUUGUCAUCGUACUAUUUGUUAGGACCGUUCUAAUUAUCAUGAUUGUUAUAUGGAAGUAGUCCAGUUACCAUUUUUUAUGCUGUUCUGUGACAUAAGUGCUUUCUGUUGUUGACAUUUUAAAAUACUUUGAUUUAAUUUGAAAUCAUGUUUUAUGGUUGAUAGAUAUAAUGGUCAGUUUUAUUGUUGUGCAUACUAUGUAAAUGUACAAUCCUGUUAAAGUGUGAAUGUUAUUUUUCUUUUCCCUGUUUUUGAAUAUUAAUUGCACACAUACAGGGUGUCAAUAAUUGAUGUACAAGAGCUUAUGUCAAUGUUUCUUUCUUUUGUGUUAACAUUAAAAAGUGGAACUUUUAACACA